CCCAGCGCGCUGUCCGAGGUGCUGGCAGGAGAGGUGGCCUGGGACCCAGGGGUGGCGGCCCGGCUGCUGGCUGGGCAUUGCGCUUGGCACCUUUGCAACUCAGUCUGACCUGUCACUCGAGAGCCUGCUAGAAAUACAGAUUCUCGGGUCCCACAGCGGACCUGCUGAGCCAGAAUCUGCAACUUAAGAGGACGGCCGGUGACUCGUGGGCUCACGACCCGGUGGGGCCCCACUGCCCAUGAGCUGGAUGUUAGCUCAUCUUGCAGAGGAGGGCUCUGAGAAGCCAAGCCAAGGGCUCGAGGUCCCAUACCUAGAAAAUGGCAAAGCAGGAUGUGAAGCCAGAUCGUCUCACUCUAGAACCCACCACUUGCCCACAUGAAAACAAACAGAAAAUCUGUCUAGAAAAGGGGUUCUCCACAGGCUGCACCUCCCGAGGAGUGGGUUCUAAAAACCCCACCAGUGUUUUCAAGGUGACCGGUGCCCCCACCCUGGGUUGAGAAUUGCUGCCAGGGUGAGCCAAUGCUAUGGCUGGGCUGCAUACAACGGUAGCCGUGCCAGGGCCAAGCCACAGGGUCACCACCUGAGCCCUGAGGGAAUGGCUAUGCGUCCGGUGGUGAUGGCGCUGAUCAUGCAUCCAGCAGACACCCACUGUCGCCUGGAGCCUCAAAGAUGCUGGGCCACUGCUCAGCAGGCAGCCUGCUGCAUAGACAGUUACCCCCCUGGGAUGAAGGAGGUGCUGGGAGCUGCAGGCCACGGCUGCGGAGCUGCUCGGGGUGGAGCGGACCCUGUUUGUGCCCACAAACACCAUGGCCAACCUCAUCUCUGAUUGCGGGGGUGCACUCCCAUCCUCUCCCAGACCUGCCCCAUGGCACCCUGGACCUGGCAGAGCUGGAGAGGCUGAUCACACGGGGCCUGGGGAGCCCCUACCACCCAGUCUGUGAGCUCAUUUGCCUGGAGAACACCCACAGCAGCUCGGGGGGCCGGGUCCUCCCCAUCGAAUACCUACGUCAGGUGCACUUGCUGGCCCGGACCCACGGGGUCCGGGUCCACCUGGACGGGGCCCGGUUGAUGAACGCCGCAGUGGCUCUGCGCGUGCCCCCCGCCUGCAUCGCGCAGCACUGUGACUCUGUGUCUCUCUGCUUCUCCAAGGGUCUUGGUGCACCAGUGGGAGCCCUGGUCGGGGGACCCAAGCACUUCAUUGAAGAAGCCUGGCGCCUCCGGAAAGCCCUGGGCGGGGGGAUGCGCCAGGCAGGGGUGCUGGCUGCAGCUGCCCUGGUGGGACUGGCUGACGCCGAGGAGGUGCUGCUGAGGGACCACCAGAACGCCCAGAAAUUCGCCAAAGGGCUCCAGGAGCUGGCGUCCCCUGUGUGCUCCGUGGAUCUCAGCGCCGUGGAGACGAACGUGGUGAUGGUGAGAGUGGACGGGCUGCCGCCCAAGGAGCUGUGCCAGCGCCUGCAGGCCGUGAGCGCUGACGAGGUGGUCCAGACCGGCCGUGCGGUGCGCGUGCUGCUGUUCCCUUGGACAGAGCAGUCCGUGCGCGCCGUGUGGCACCGUGAUGUCUCCGCGCAGGACACCGAGCUGGCGCUGGGAAAGUGGGCAUUCGUGCUGAGGGCGCUGAGGACGGGAUGAUGGACCCUGUGCCCUGGCCGGGAGGGAGGCAGGGAGUGGAGGUGUCCCCAGCGGGCGGGCAGGAGGAGAGGCAGUAAAAUGAUACCCCCGUUACCCCGGCUGGUCCCCCUGGAACCCUUCACUUCCCAUGACAUGGUUCAUUCAGCAAACCCCAGGAGGCCCUAGCAGGCAGGGACAGCUGGGGCCCCAGGCCAGCCCCUCCCACCAUCCGGGAGGCUCACGAGAGCAUCCCAUGCUUGGGGACCUGCAAGAGGAAGCGUGAGAGGACAUCAGAAGGGGUCACUGGUGCGGGAGUGGGGGAGUAGGGGGCUGGGGCUUUAUCUGGCUGUCAUCUAAUGUGUACUUUUUAAACAAUAAAACAUUUUGCUUACGAAAUAA